AUGCCGGAGGACGACACGUUAUGGCUCGACAUUUCCGGCCAGGAAGCGUCCUGUGUCAUUCGUCAAACGUACAGACUGCGGACGCUGAUACACUCUCUUCAAUGUCCCUCCGGCCAGACACCCACCUUGGUUCUGUUCUUUGAAUCUCCGGAACGUCAGUAUUUCCCGCCCAACGAAGAAUACGGAGUCCAUUUACGACUAGAUCUCGAAACCGCCGGAUGGAGGCACCCGUUGUUGGUCGCCAGCACUCAGUCUCUCCUGUCACAUUGCUUGCCGAGAUGUCACCUCACGCAGGAGCCCAACAGAGGCCUCUUCGUACAAGAAAGCUCAUUCCCGAGGCAGGAAUCUCUAAGCGUAUUGCCAAGGAUCCUUCUUCCCUUUGCAGACGUUCUGUGUUUUAUGUGUAUCAAUCAAUCUGACUUGCGCGUCAUCGAAGCUCAGAUUAACCAAUGGAUGUUUGCUUGGAGGGAAGCAGGAGCGGCAACUCCAAUGCCAGGAAUCGUUGUUUUGCUGGCUGAAUCCGACAAUUUACAGCCCGUGACGGUCCAGCGGCAAUUAGCGAAGACGCUCCCAGUAGCUAAAGUAUCCGUCGUAAGAAUAGACCAGUCUACGUGGACAGUCAACGGAUUGAGGCCCAUUCGCAAAAGGUUGGGGCAAGCUGCAUCUCGUGCUCGCCGUUGGAAGAUCAGCAACAAGGUGCUCUUCUCGGGCUCCCAUAUGAUUGGGCUAUUGGAGGAGUCCUUCGGUACCGCCCAAAAAAUGCGGCCCUUUCGUUAUAUUGAAGCAUCCCGGUCGAGGCACCCUGUCGCUCCAGACUUGGUACGACACCUGAAUAACUACGUACGAAUGCUUCCCCGCGGUUACGACAAAGAUUUUGCGGCCGAAUCUAUUGCCUCUAGUUUCCUCGUAGACCAUUUUACCCCUGGGAUGCACGGAUUCGAAAUACGAGAUGUUUUCACGGCAUUAUACCAAGGCGCUUGCCGGAGGCUGUCCGAAGAUAUCGACUUUCCCGGCACGGAUCUGAUCUUACGACACAUGAGUCUGUUGCACGCAAAGUUUGAACGCACUGGAGGCAUGAUCACUAGCAUACACCGUCAAACCAUGAACCGCCACAGAGAAAGGUGGCUUUACAUAGAAGGAAGUAGUGAUACCUGUUUUGUUUGUCUACGGAGGCGGCCGGAGUAUCUACUUCCCUGUGACCAUACAUUAUGUCGCAGCUGUGUCAAGGACUUCGGAGACCAGUGCCGUAAGAACCCAGACCGCUUCACAGUCAGCAGCUGUUUUCUGUGCGGGGGUGCGUGUGCCGUUGUAGUUCUAGACAGACCCCCCACUGCUGGUGUCGGGCUGCUUUCUCUCGACGGCGGAGGAGUUCGCGGCAUCGUGCAAACCGAGAUUCUUCGCCUUUUGGAAGAACGCAUCGGCCUACCUAUUCCGGUGCAGGAACACUUCCAACUAGCCGCUGGCGUUAGCGCUGGCGGUUUGAACCUCAUCGCGUUGUACCUGAAGGGAUGGCACCCCGAGGUUUGCACCCGAAAAUAUGAGGAAAUGUCCAAGGUCAUCUUCCGAAAAGGCUUCCUCCAGCACGUACCCGUGUUGUCGACCGUCUUGGCAAUGUGGCACAAGGCACGGUACUCUUCCGAAACUCUGGAACAGGUGAUUGGGGAGACCUACGGAGAGAAGGGAAUGAUGUUGGAUCCGUCGUACGCGACGUCUAUAGGCGCACGCAUUGUGCUUCCCGCCGCGAGAAGUCCGACACCUUCAAUCUUGCUGUUUACAAAUUACAACGGAAGUGGCGACAACGCCGAGAACAAAGGUUCGUCCGAGUCAGCGUUACAUUAUCACAAUCGCAAUUCUUCCAGUCUCCCUAACCCGGCCCGAAGUUGCACCGCAGCACCGACGUUCUUCCAGCCGAAGUAUGUUCCAGGUGUAGGGUGGCUCCAGGAUGCUGGCAUGGUUGAGAACAACCCAAUCAGCCUGCUUCUCUCACAAUACUAUGAACUGUAUCCGGCCAAUGCUACCUGCCAGUUUCUUUUGAGUAUCGGCUCGGGUUCCAAGUCGGAUAAUGCAGAACUUCCUUACGCGAACAUGGAUGGCGGCAGCUUGUUCGGCACCGACGUCCUUGGUUACAAGACGAGUGCUUUGCGCAGGAUUGCGUCAGCGUACGAAUGGCUGCUCAGUGGAUUGUCAUACUGGGAAAAAUACACAAGGUCCAUAGAUAAAGGCUCAGAACUUCGAGAUAGGUGCAUUCGGCUCGACGUAUCCUUCGAAGGCAUGGAGCCGAAACUUGACGACGUCCGAGCAGUGCCAAGGCUCAAGCGGAGGGUGCGCCACGAUGCGGCCUUGUCUGCCGAGAUAGACAGCACGGUAGACUGUAUAAUUGCAUCCCUGUUUUACUUUGAGCUUGAGGCAAUGCCCAUGCAGCGAGGUUCCAUGCUCAAUUGCUCUGGACACAUUCGGUGUCUCCGAAAGCGUGGCGAUCCUGCGCUAUGUUUACUGAUCGAGAAGCUGGUAGCAUGGAACGCCAGAUUUGUCAUUGAUAACAAAAUCAUGGGUGGCAAUAUGCUCUCCCCUUUCUUCUGGGAUCAGACGGGCAAUUUUGGAGUGCCAGCGGAGUUCCAGAUCACUGGACAAGAGUUGUCAGUGUCGUUGACAUGGCCGGAUGGCAGAACCCACCCAAUCAGCGGUAGCCCGUAUCUCAUACACCAGCUGGUGGAUGUACAGGGCUUGAAUGCGCCAUUUGGCCUUCCAGACCACAGGAGAAAGCAUCGUGCCCCACGCUAUGCCCACGCCGUUAGUACAGGAUCAGAUCAUGAGGCCAGAAAAUCGAAACUGAAGCGCAAGACCUCAAGUAUUAAUACUUUCGUGACACAAGGCAGUACUAAAAGACGGAAGUUGUGGUGGUGA